GCGAGUGUCUCGAGAAUGUUAAUCCGGCCUUUCUUGUACGUUUUCCGAGUGUAUCCUCAUGACCAUCACCUUCUCGACGGAGAACGACACUCUCCUGGCCAACAACGACAUCAUCUUUCCCACCUCAUGGCCGAUGCGCUUCCACGCGCCCCGAAAGCAGGGAUCCCUCAUCGAUUCGGUGCCCCUCGCAUACGCGCUUGAUGUUUCUCCUCUCCCGCAUCAGCCAGGCGCGAUACUAGGCGAUCUGUAUCAUCUCACGUUGACCCUGGUCGACCUGCAAGGCCGUCGCGCAACUGAACACCCGGUCUCCAUCGGCAUCGUCCGUGACAUCAAUGGUGAUUUGCAGAUCAUCCAGGUCGAAGAGUCGUGGCAUAGGUACCACCGACAUCUUCACCAAGCGGGCGCUAAAAGUAAAGGAAAAGACAAUGCCCCGAAGACCGACGCUCAGAGCAAGAAGCCCAGCUGGUGGCGCAUGGAAGCCUGGAAGGAGUACUAUAACACACACUUUCAAAAGCCCGAGAGAGAGCCCUGCACUUCUGGUUCUGCUUCGAAGCCCGGCCAGCACUGCACACCAUCGGCCGGUGACCACCAACGCCUACACCACGACCACCGCCAGCGUCUUGACGACUGGAUAUACGACAAGCACUUUCACUCCAAGUUCGCGGGUCCCGCCGUCGUUUCGGGCCUCCUCGGUGUGUGUGCGGCGUUUCUGGCUGGUGCGCUGGGGUUCUUUGUAGGCAAGGUGAUUGUCUCCCUUUACUGUUAUCUCGUCGACAGGGCGCGGGUGCAGACCGUCACCGGGAGAGGGCUCGAUGAGGAGAGGUAUAUGGAGGAAGUAGCUGAGUUGGAGAAGAAGCGAUUGGCGCAAAUGGAAAAACAGAGCUACGCAUUUGGGCAUCAGGUUGUCGAGAAGAAUUGA